AUGACACAGCAUGCUGCCGCCUACUCGAAUGGCAAAUCGAGCGACCCGGCUUCGCAUGCCGAGUCGAGCAAUGGCUCCAGCAAUGGACAUCGGAAUGGCAAGACAGUAGCCACUUCUGGCUCUGGCGACGAUUAUGCUGAGUCUGCUACAUUCACACCGCUCUUCCCCGGCAGCUCGACAGAUCGCAGAGAGCUGGUCAAGCUCACCCUGCAGUCCUUGCGAGAGAUGGGAUACGAUUCAACAGCCAAGACGCUUGAAAACGAGUCUGGUGUUACUCUCGAGCAUCCUUCUAUCACAGCUUUCCGCACUGCUGUGCUCAAUGGUGACUGGAGGAAUGCAGAACGACUGCUUAUCGAUGGUCUUACUUACGCAGCAAGACGCAUGCAGGCAACUCGUGCCCAGAGCACUGGUGGAGGCUCGUUGCUCGAUGCGCCUUCAUCUUUGUCCACCGCCGCUUCGUCGUCAACGCCAUUGGCAGCCACGGGAGAAGUCAGCAACGGAGACCUCAUCGACACAGUGCUGCGCAGACCAGACCUGGUCAGCCUCCGAUCCAUACGCUUUCUGUUGCAGAAGCAACGAUAUCUCGAGCUGCUCGAAGCAAGGCAGACCAAGAAGGCACUCGAUGUCUUGCGCGAGAAGCUUACUCCUCUGAGCCGUGACACAUCUCAGCUUCAUCUGUUAUCGAGCCUGGUAAUCUCGGCUUCGCCUGAGCAGCUUCGGGCUCGUGCUGGGUGGGAUGGGGCUGAGGGCGAAUCACGUCGUUUGCUCAUGAUGGAGAUCGAGUCAGCCGUCUCCCCGCUGGUCAUGGUUCCGAGUCGACGUCUGCCACAGUUGCUAGAGCAGGCGCAACGAUAUCAGAAGCAACAAGAUCCGUUCUUCAACCAACCACACGGCGCACACUUCUCGUUGCUAACGGACCACAGAUCCGAUCCGUCCGUCUUUCCUUCGAGUGUCGCCCGAACCAUUCAGGAUCAUCACGACGAGGUCUGGUGUCUGCGGUUUUCGAACGAUGGCAACAAGCUGGCAACGGCAGGUCGGGACAAGACGAUCCUCAUCUGGAGUGUCUUGGACGACUACAAGCUGCUGCAGAAGUUUGUGCCGCUGUCCGACAACAUCUCGUCAGUGUCGUGGUCGCCAAACGACAAGCGUCUGCUCGUUACCUCGGAUGUGGACGUGACACUGUGCCAGCUUGAGUCGGGGAGCAUGUUGACGUUGCGUGAGCAUAGCUACACGGUCGCAACUGCAGCAUGGCUUCCCGACGGCACAGGCUUUGUCACUGGCGGUAUGGACGGCAAGAUUGUUUACUGGGAUACCGAUGGCUAUGUGCAGCAUAAGAAGAGCACUUUCCCUUUCCGCGUUCUGUCGGUCGCUGCAUCUCCGGACGGAACGCAUCUGAUUGCGCUAAGCCGACGAGAAGUGGCACCGACGACAAUGCCUUCUGCAGCAAGUAGAGGCCAUAUCAGCUCGUCCACGGCGCUCAGCACCUCCACGGCAUCCGACCAUCUGAGCGACAGCUCCUCUCCUUCGACUACUUCGACUAGCUUUGGCCACGACCGAAGCGAUAUUGGCUCGCCAGCUGACAUGGGCAGUGGUUCCCGCACUAUGGGAACUGAAAGGCAUCGUAUUCAUUUCAUCAACUUGCGAACACGGGAAGAAGUAGAAUCGAUCUACCUGCGCGAAGAAGUAGUCAGCUUGGCAGUCAGCCGUGACUCGCAGUAUGCGCUCAUCAAUGUCCGACCCAGCGAAUUGCAGAUGUGGGACAUCGGACGUCAGAUCUUGGUCAAGCGUUUCAACGGCCACAAGCUGACAGAACACGUUAUCGACUGCGGCUUUGGUGGUAUCGAUGAGAAUUUCGUCGUUUCUGGAAGUGAGGAUGCCAAAGUCUACAUCUGGCACCGCGCCACGGGUAGACUAAUCGAGACGCUGAGCGGUCAUGAGACUGGUACGGUCAAUGGCGUUGCUUGGCAUCCGAAGGAUCCUUUGAUGAUUGCUUCGUGUGGUGAUGACCAUACGGUGAGGAUCUGGAGGCCGGGAGGAAGGGCGAAUGUGGGUGUGAGUGUGAAGAGGGAGGAGCCAAUACCUGUUUCGGAAGAUUCGGAGAUGAGUAGUGCUGCAAAUCCGUUCCCUUGGAGCUUUUCGGAUCCUUCGAGCGCGGGAGAGGUCGAUUUGAUGCGGUCGGUUCAUGAAGCGAUGGAUGAAGAGGAGGAGGUUGAGACUUCUUCGCCUGAGCUCUAA